GUGGGUGCUGGGGCCAUUGGCUGUGAGCUUCUCAAGAAUUUUGCCAUGAUUGGGCUAGGCUGUGGGGAGGGUGGCAAAAUAACUGUUGCAGACAUGGGCACCAUUGAGAAAUCCAAUCUGAACAGACAACUGCUCUUCCGACCCUGGGAUGUCUCGCGGGCUCGAGAUGAAUUUGAAAGCCUCUUCAAGCAGUCUGCAGAAAAUAUCAACCAGUACCUCACAAACCCUAAGUUUAUGGAACAGACACUGCGGCUGGUAGGCACCCAACCCGUGGAGUUGCUGGAGAAUGUGCAGUGCAGCCUGGUGCUGCAGAGACCAGAGACAUGGGCUGAUUGUGUGACCUGGGCCUACCACCAGUGGCACAUUCAGUAUUCUCACAACAUCCAGCAGCUGCUGCACAACUUUCCCCCCCGCCCCGAGCAGCUUACAAGCUCUGGAGCCCCAUUUUGGUCUGGUCCCAAAUGCCGUCCUCACCCACUCAUCUUUGAUGUCAGCAAUCCCCUGCACCUGGACUAUGUGAUGGCUGCUGCCAAUCUGUUUGCACAGACCUAUGGACUGAUAGGCUCUAGGGACCGAGCUGCUGAGGUUACAUUGCUACAUUCUGUGCAUGUCCCCGAAUUCAUUCCCAAGUCUGGUGUCCAGACCCACAUUUCUGACCAGGAGCUGCAGAGCACCAGUGCCUCUGUUGAUGAGAGCCGCAUAGAGGAGCUCAAGCCCACACUUCCUAGUCCAGAGAAGCUUGCUGGGUUCAAGAUGUACCUCACUGAUUUUGAGAAGGAUGAUGACAGCAACUUCCAUGUGGAUUUUAUUAUGGCAGCAUCUAACUUUCGGGCACAGAACUAUGACAUUCCCCCUGCAGACUGGCGUAAGAGUAAGCCGAUUGCAGGAAAAAUCAUUCCAGCUAUUGCAACAACCACAGCAGCUGUUGUUGGCCUCGUGUGCCUGGAGCUAUACGAGGUAGUACAGAGACACUGAAAGCUUCAGUCCUAUAAGAACAGCUUCAUCAACUUGGCCCUGCCUUUCUUCAGCUUCUCUGAACCCCUUUCCCCACCCCAUCACCAGUACUAUAACAAAGAGUGGACACUGUGGGAUCGCUUUGAUGUACAAGGCAUACAACCUGAUGGUAAAGAGAUGACUCUCAAGCAGUUCCUAGCCUUCUUUAGGAUGGAGCACAAAUUGGAAAUUACCAUGCUUUCACAGGGUGUAUCAGUGCUGUAUUCUGUCUUCCUGCCAGCUGCCAAGCUUACAGAACGAUUGGAUCAGCCGAUGACAGAGAUUGUGAGCCGUGUGUCAAAGCAAAAACUGGGCCACCAUGUGUGGACUCUGGUGCUUGAGCUGUGCUGCAUUGAUGGGAGCGGUGAGGACGUUGAGGUCCCUUAUGUACGAUAUAUUACCUGCUGAUUCCUGGCAAUCCCUUUACCCUAGUCCAGAUUCCUGCUAGUUGUGACAAAAGCUGAGCCCAGCCAGACAUAAAUGUCUUAUUUUCUUCUGAGAAUGUUUUUUGCUGCCCUCUACUGUUUAUCAUUGGAAUUCAUAAUAGCAUUACUAAAUAUGGCAUGUUAA